CGGUCGUGGCUCGCUUUGAUUGGUGGCCCCAUAACCCAUCUCCUUCCCUCCUCCCUCGCGGCAUUGCGAGAAUCCGCUGCCCCCUUUCCCGGUCCUCUUUUAGCCCUCCCGUUCACGUCCAAAACCCUAAUUUCCUCCGCGGAUAAGAGGAACGAGACCCCAAUUCGCAUCCGGAUCGUUGCAUUUGCCUAUCCCAUCCAAGUUUUCGAUCCAUUGUCUCGCCUCUUGGUCGGAUUCACGGUGGCAGGGGAACGAACCGGUCAAUUCGGAUGUGAAUCAGGUCGUUCUUGGCGGUGAGGAUGCGAAUCCUGAGCCCGAUCAGGAUCUCCAAUAAUCUAUGCCUCCGCGGAUGAGAUGCCUCACCGGCUCGAUUCCGAAGAACCCACCCUCUAGGAGAUUGCUUACUCCGAGAUCGCGACGGGUUCAAUUCUUCACGCCGGACAUGCUAGAGACCGUUCACGAGAUCGCCAUUUAUAUUCACCGGUUCCACAACCUCGAUCUAUUCCAGCAAGGAUGGUAUCAGAUAAAGAUAAGCGCAAGAUGGGAAGACGGCAGCCUGGAAUCUUGCGGUACUCCGUCCAGAGUUAUUCAGUAUGAAGUUUUUUGGUGGAUUAACAGCCAUCCCAUGACAGCGUGGAAUUAUCGUGACCCAAAUAAGUGGGUGUUCAGGCAUGGUGCUGCUCCCAAUAUAGUCUCAGAUGAUAUUUUUGCUGUUUGGAGGAUCGAUGAUGCUGAUCAUAGUUUCUUUACCCAUCCAUUCAAAAUCAAAUAUGCUAGACAGGAUGUUCCUCUAUCUAUCAUGGUGUCUUUCAAUUUUGCUACAGGGAAAUAUGAGAGACCAGCAAGUUCUGCGGCAAUACUAAAGUUUGAGCUCAUGUAUGCUCCAAUGUUCGAAAAUGGCAAUGAAAUUCAGGCCUCUAUUGAAAUGUUUCCAACUGCAGUCCAUGAAUUCAGGAUUCCUCCUAAAGCACUACAUGGUCUGCAUUCAUACUGUCCUGUUCAUUUUGAUGCUUUCCAUGCAGUGCUUGUUGAUUUAAGUGUACACAUUGUUUUCCUGAAAUCUGGUACCAGCAUACAAGAGAAGGUAUCAAGUACUUCUCUAAUGGUGGAGAAUAUUGCUGAUGAAUAUUACGGAUCCAAUCAGAUAUUAGGUCAAGGGUGGAGCCCAAAAGCAAUUGAAAUUGUGAAGUCACUGUUUGUUUCACGUGAGAUACUUAUGGAAGAAAUAAGAAACCUAAGCAAAGCAAUUGGACAAAAAAUUGAUGAUUUACAUAAUGCUGACCUCAAUCUUGGUAAAUUUGAGUUUAUUGGUUCUUCAUUGAGAACUGAUUUAUCUACUGCAAACACGGGCAUUUCUGGGUCAAGUAUGGGUGUUGGACACUUAGCUGGCAUGCUACAGAAUAUUCUGGAGAAAUCGAAUGGCACUGUCAAUUUUGAGAAUGAUGUCAUGCUCUACUCUUUGUCCAAGGAAGAACUGCUGGAUGUAUAUUUCACAAUGGGAAACCAACUCUCUUUUUUGUGGAAUACAUUUUUGAACUUCCAUAGGAUAAAUAGAAUUGCAAUACUUGAACAUCUCCAUGGUGUUUGGGCUAUGGAUCGGAAGGCAGAAUGGUCCAUAUGGAUGGUUCAUUCGAAGAUUGAAGUUCCCCACCGGUACUUGAAAAGUGGAGCUGAUGAUUCUUCUCACCAUAAUGCACUUGGAAAAGUAGUAGGUGUGAGGAAGUCCAAUGACGAGCCAGCUCAAGGUGCAACAACACGCGCUGAACUUCACCGGAGAAGUAUUGCCCAGAUGAAAAUAAACAGCCACUCAAUUCAAGACAUGUAUAUUUUUGGUGAUCCUUCACAUGUUCCUGUUGUUCUAGUAGAACAACAUGUCAUUGAUCUUCCUAACAAUUCAUCCUUGCAUAGUCCGGAUCCAAAUGAUGCUGCAAUACCUACUGGCCCUGGUAAAAAUGUUGUACCCAAAUUCAGUUUGGGACCCAAAAGAAAUUGUCGUGUACUACGAGCAGUUGUGUUUGUGCAUGGAUUUCAGGGGCACCAUCUUGAUUUACGACUUGUUCGGAAUCAAUGGCUUUUGAUAGAUCCUGGAGCUGAAUGUCUCAUGUCAGAAGCUAAUGAAGAAAAGACAACAGGAGAUUUUAGAGAAAUGGGUCGAAGGUUGGCUUUGGAAGUGGUUGCCUUCCUUAGGAAGAAAAUGGAUAAGCUUUCAAGAUAUGGAGGCUGUAAAGUCACAAAGCUUAGUUUUGUUGGGCAUUCUAUUGGAAACAUCAUCAUCAGGAGUGCCUUAACAGAGAGUGUAAUGGGACCUUUCUUGAAGCACUUGUAUACAUAUAUGUCAAUAUCAGGGCCACAUUUAGGGUAUUGGUACAGCUCAAACUCUUUGUUCAAUUCAGGAUUGUGGCUUUUGAAGAAACUCAAAGGAGCUCAGUGCAUUAAUCAACUUACUUCUACUGAUGAUCCAGAUCUUCAGAAUACAUUCUUUUACAAGCUCUGUAAGCAGAAGACAUUGGAAAAUUUCAAAAACAUUAUCCUGGUAUCUUCCCCACAGGAUGGUUACGUUCCUUACCAUUCUGCCAGAAUUGAACUGUGCCAGGCAUCGUCUUGGGAUCAGUCAAAGAAAUCUCACAUCUUCAUGGACAUGCUCAACAAUUGCUUGGAUCAAAUCCGUGCUCCUUCAUCUGAACGGAGAGUAUUCAUGCGGUGUGAUGUGAAUUUUGACACAUCUUCUCAAGUGAGGAACUUGAAUACAAUCAUCGGGCGAGCAGCACACAUAGAGUUUCUUGAGACCGACAUAUUUGCAAAGUUCAUCAUGUGGUCCUUUCCAGAAUUCUUCCUUUGACGAGUGCACUUGUGAAACAGCUUUAGCUUCUCGUGUUCGCACUUCUUUGUCAUCCAUUUCUGUUGUCCCCACUAACAUUAGUGCAGCUGCUAAUAUGAAAAGCUAAGAGGUCAUUACGAUGCUCUGGGAGUGAACACAUGGAGCAUCAAGCUGGAAUGAAACACAUAGGAGUCUGUUGUAUAGUAUCUUCAUUCUAAAAUUCAUUUAUUUCAUUCCUUUUUUUUCAUGAAUGUACAUGUAAUCACCUUUCUCAUAUAUAACAUUAUUUAAUCUUUUUUCUCACAGAA